GGGUCGGAUGUGUUACCGCAGGCAGCGGCGACCUGCAUGGACACUGAGGCGGGCUGCGUUCACACUACUGGAUUGCACUUUGGGGACGGAGGCGCAGGAUUUUUGCCGCACUGGAGCCGCAUACUGGGGACUGUCCUUUGAAGGAUUUAUGGUGGCUGCUCCCACACUUGGCAUGGAUGGGGAGACCCUAUAAGUGAGCUGCUGCUGCUAUCAGCCUAUCCACCCUUCAUUGGAGCAUACGUGUCCUGUCAAGACUAUUUAUAAAGUCAGUACCAUGCAGUGCUUUAGAGGGUGUCUGAUUUGUCUUCUGGCCUUCAUCACCAUAACAUCAUGCAGACCAGCAACUCCAGAGGGAGAACGUUUGAAAGCAGAGUCAACCCCUAAGCUUGAAGAACAUCUCCUUCUUCUUGAUCCCGGAAACCGUUUACGUCUUUCCUGUGACUCCAAUUAUAGUAGCAAUAUUAACUGGUAUAGAGAACAAGACCGCCUGCAGGCAGGAGGGAAAAUUCGUUUAGCAGGCCAUGUUUUGGAAAUGACAGAUGUAACCUACGAAGACUCGGGACUGUAUUUAUGUGUGGUCCGGGGUACUGGCCAGAUCCUGCGACGGUUCUCAAUAUCUAUAGUUGAUUCUGCAGCAUCUGGGGAUGAAGAUGAUGAGGAUGGCCGCAGGGAGGAUUUUCAGGGGGAUCUGAGUGAGAAGCCUGUUUAUAUCUACCAAGCGCCAUAUUGGACCCAUCCACGUCGUAUGGAGAAAAAGUUGUACGCCUUACCUGCUGGAAAUACGGUGAAGUUUCGCUGUGCAGCUGGCGGCAGUCCCCUGCCAACCAUUCGAUGGCUGAAAAAUGGCAAAGAAUUCAGAGGGGAGCAUCGUAUAGGGGGUAUUCAGCUAAGGCACCAGCAUUGGAGUCUGGUCAUGGAGAGCGUGGUCCCUUCAGACCGUGGCAACUACACUUGUGUGGUGGAGAACAAGAUGGGCAGCAUCAGCUAUACAUACAUCUUGGAUGUGCUUGAGAGGUCCUCACAUCGACCUAUCUUGCAAGCCGGACUCCCAGCAAAUACGACAGCUCGUGUGGGCAGUGAUGUGGAGUUCCUGUGUAAGGUGUACAGCGAUGCUCAACCACACAUCCAGUGGCUCAAGCACAUUGAACUGAAUGGAAGCCGCUUUGGCCCCGAUGACGCACCCUAUGUACAAGUACUUAAGACUGCAGAUAUCAACACUUCAGAAGUAGAGGUGCUUCAUCUGCGGAAUAUCACAAUGGAAGAUUCAGGCGAAUAUACAUGUCUGGCAGGGAAUUCAAUUGGCCUCUCUUAUCAGUCUGCUUGGCUGACUGUUCUGCCUAAUGAAGACCUCUUAGAGGAGGCAGAGCCUGCUGAGUCCAGAUAUAUGGAUAUAAUUAUAUAUACUUCCGGAUUCUUUGCUGUGGCAAUGGCUGUUGUAAUUGUAAUUCUUUGCCGUAUGCAAACGUCUCACAGCAAGCAAACCCUACAGCCUCCAACUGUGCAUAAGCUUACAAAGUUCCCUCUCAUACGACAGUUUUCCCUGGAGUCAAGUUCCUCCGGAAAGUCCACUGCCCCUUUGAUCCGCAUCACACGCUUGUCUUCUAGCUGCACACCUAUGCUCCCUGGUGUAAUGGAGGUGGAGCUGCCUCUAGAUGCCAAAUGGGAGUUCGCCAGAGACAGGCUUAUUUUAGGGAAACCUUUAGGAGAGGGCUGUUUCGGACAAGUAGUGAGAGCUGAGGCUUAUGGGAUUGACAAAGAUCGCCCUGAAAAACCUGUAACCGUAGCUGUAAAGAUGCUUAAAGAUAACGGCAAUGACAAAGACUUGUCUGAUCUCAUCUCUGAGAUGGAGUUGAUGAAAGUUAUUGGAAAGCAUAAGAAUAUAAUCAACCUGCUUGGUGUGUGUACUCAAGAAGGUCCUCUCUUUGUUGUUGUGGAGUAUGCCUCUAAGGGAAACUUGCGCGAGUUCCUGCGUGCCCGACGGCCUCCUACACCAGAAGAUGCUUUUGAUGUAACCAAGGUGCCUGAAGAGCUGUUGUCCUUUAAGGAUCUUGUGUCCUGUGCUUAUCAAGUUGCCCGUGGCAUGGAAUACCUAGAAUCCAAAAAGUGCAUACACCGAGACUUGGCAGCCAGAAAUGUCUUAGUAGCUGAAGAUAAUGUUAUGAAGAUUGCUGACUUUGGACUUGCUCGAGGUGUUCAUGAUAUUGAUUACUACAAAAAGACUAGCAAUGGUCGACUUCCUGUAAAGUGGAUGGCACCAGAAGCCCUGUUUGACCGUGUCUAUACCCAUCAGAGUGACAUAUGGUCAUUUGGAAUUUUAACUUGGGAGAUAUUUACUCUUGGGGGUUCUCCCUAUCCUGGUAUUCCAGUGGAAGAGCUGUUUAAACUGUUACGAGAAGGACACAGAAUGGAUAAACCGUCAAAUUGUACUCAUGAACUGUACAUGUUGAUGAGAGAGUGCUGGCAUGCUGUCCCAUCACAACGACCGACAUUCAAGCAGUUAGUAGAACAUCUUGACCGAAUUCUUACAGCUGUGUCAGAGGAGUAUUUGGACCUAUCAAUGCCCUUUGAACAGUAUUCUCCCUCCUGUGAAGACACUGCAAGCACAUGUUCCUCUUCUGACUCGGUGUUCACCCAUGAUCCUGUCCAAACUCCUUCCUACGUCUUCAGUUAUCACAAUGUUCAUUCUCAUAUGGGGACCUGAAAAAGUUAUGGGGUAGUAUGGACAUUAUAAAUACUACACAUACCCUCCCUAGGAUCCUAAUUUAUUCAAGAGACGUCAACCAUGUCUAGUUUUGUAGACACUGGUGAAACCCUGUGCUGCUUUUCUGUUAUGCUUGGGAGAAAAAACAAUAAGUUGGUGCUGCCCUCAAGCCACCGGUAUUCAGGAUUCAAAGCACUGUGAGCCCCUGACUGGCUCUGUCAAGCCAUGUCUGCGAAUAUGUAGUAUAACGCCAUGUUGUGGAUGUGAAGGACUACCAUUAGCCGGGAUGCCUUUCCCAGUCGUGUUCCAAGGACAUCGGAAGCUACUGGAAAGCACUGUGCUGCUGGGAACAUAGCUUUACCUGCCUGUUAAGAUUCUCUGCAUUUGUAAUGCCAAGCUGCAAUCUGGAAUUACAAGUGGCCCUAAAGUGCCUGGAGUUUUUACAGUUCUAGAGCUUGUACAUAUUUUCUAAUAGAAAUAUAUUUAUGUCCGGUUUCUGUUUUAAUGCUUUAUAAUAGGUCAUCUUAAACAUUUCGUUGAAGUGAGGACCUGAAGUCUUAUUUCAGUAUUUGUGUUAAUGGUUUUUCUCCUAGAAGCCAUAUAAUUUAUCUCGCUGGUAUUUUUAUAUUAACAUCCUUUGGACUCUAAAGAAUUCUUACAGUCAGAAUACUUUUAUACACUAGAUAUAUUUAAAACAGAAUAUGCUCUUUUGCCGUUUACCAAAAGUUUCAAGUUGAUUUAUUUUAUAUAUUGUAAAAAAAAGUUACUUUUAAUAUAAAGAUUUAA